AAAAAACUCUUUCAAGAGUUUUUCAAAAAUCAUUUCCCUUAAACAUCGAUUCUGAUUUGGAUACAGAAUCUUAAAAAGGUUUUGUUGUAUGACAGGAGCAGUGCUAGUGAUGUCUACGACUAGCUAUGUGGAAAGGGAGGACUGGGUUCUCUGCCAGUACUGGAGUGUGUUCGACCUUGAGAACAUUCGGUGUCAGGACGCCUGCUGUGAACACGCCGCCUGCUGUGAACACACCGCCUGCUGCACCAAACAGGAGGCUGAUGAGAUCGCCGCAAAAGGAAAUAUAUCUCCCGGACAGAUAGCCAUGAUUUUCGUCAUACCUUUGGUGGCUGUCAUUCUUCUAUUUGCAUUUGUCUUAUUUGUCAGAAGACGGCGAAUUAAGAGAAUAAGGAAAGCUCUGGAGGCGGAAUUACUGAGGAAAAUAAUUGCAGAAGCGUUAGCGAAUGCGCGGGUAAACGCACGAAUAAAUGAUUUGGCUGCGGAGCGAAGGGCGCGGGAGAGUCGGGGUCCGCAGUCGCCAGAGGACACCAUGCUAGAUCCCCCGUAUGAUGGGUCUCUAGCGGAGUCAGGCCUGCCCACCAGACGGGAGGAUCCUUCAGACAUAACACAGUCCCACUGUUACCGGAACCCUCUUGAUGACUUCGAUAAACGCAUUGACAACCUUUACUGAACAGUUUCUGUACAGAUCGUUCUGACUAUUAAACGUAAAUGUUAAAAUUGUGUGAAUAAAUCCAACAACAGCCGAUAGACUCUCGCCUUGAAUACAGAAAUUUAUUAUG